UUUAGGGUUUAUUUAUUUAUUCAGUCAUGUAUUUUAUUGCUCUACUCGUGUUCGGAAAGUGAAGUUAUCUGGAGAGGAGAGUACAUGGGUCUGAGGAUUGAGGAUUGGUAUUUGCUUGUGGCUAGUGUGUCUGAGGUUGUUAUCAUCUUGACGGGAGAAGCGCGCUGGGUCUGAAGAAUUUUGGUCUUCGUUUUUCAUGGCGAAUCUGUGAUUUCUAGGAUUACUGUGACAGAGCUGAUGGUGUUGUUUUGCGAGUUGAUAGCACUUUGAUUGCCCUGCAGUCCGCCGUCUUCUUCAGGAAGUAGUUUGUAUGGGAGUGUGAGAGAGGCCUUUUUAUUUAUUUAUUUAUUAAUUUUUUUUGGGAAGCGUUUGGUUUCUGAUCUUGUGUGUGUUCAGCAGCGAGGUGCGUGAGAUAGCGUUCUACAUGUGCUAUAUCUUUUAGUUAAGAAUACCGAUUUUUUAAGUUGGCAGCUAUGGCUUUCUUUUAAUUUCUCUUAGGAUCGUGUAGAUUAGAUUGAUAUCUUAAGAGUCCUGGAGCGCUGGAAAUUCUCCUUCUGUGUGACUAGGUUAGUGUCUUUGUCUGUCUAUGGAAAUUGAACGCGCGGAAAGAUUACGGCUCUGCGUGUGGGCGUACACUCGGGAAGCAUUCUUCACCAGGGUGCGAUAUUGCGGAAGCUAACGCUUGUAGCGGCGUAUUGGUUGCCUGACUUAAGGACGCGGUGUUGCAACCAUUUGUUGCAGAUCGAAGUUGAGACACGAUGGGUAGAUGUCGAAAGGGUCGUAGGACUGCACGAAUGGACGACCUCACUGACGAUGAUACGAUGAGCAUCGCAUCGACCGUCUCUUCUUCUGAUUACAAUAAUGGACCAGAAGUUGAGGGGGAGUUUGAUGAAAGCACUUUGAUGGAUCAGUACGUUGAAGCAUUGUACCAGAAGAGGGCAUCAAUGCGGGAGGCUGGACUGAAAGGCUUGAUAGAUGCUUUUACGAGCGCGGUAUUAACCGACUUUGCCGAGGAUCAGUGUGAGACGCUUGCAAAUAGGUUUAUCAACUCCAUCAAGGUUGGAUCUGGGAGUGAGAUUGCUCAAGGAGCCCGAGCACUUGGUCUCUUGGCCUUCACGGCUGGAGCGGGAAGCAGUGCUCAACAGAUUCUAACAGAUGCUACACCACAUUUGUGGAAAGUGGCCAGAGUUGGGAACUCUCCUGCUGCUCGUUCCUCUUGCCUAGAGACCUUGGGGCUUCUCGCCUUUAUUGGGGCAUCGGAUCUUGGGGCCACAGAGGCUACUAUGGAAACUCUCUGGUCCAUUGUCAAUCACACACACAGUUCUGAAGAUCAGAAGACUGGAAUCAACUUCCCCCCGUCUUCAGCGAGGGUAUCUGCUUUGAUGGCAUGGUCUCUAUUGUUGUCUACGGUGGAUCCUCGGAGAGUUUCAUCCAGCCAUCUUCAAUCGAGUGUCUCAGUUUUGUCCGGCUUAUUGAAGAACGAGGAUUUGGCUGUGAGGACUGCCGCUGGAGAAUCAAUCGCCUUGCUCUACGAGAUGACAAAUUCAUUGGGUUCCGCAGAAGAUGUUGAGGAUACAGUCGAUGACUUAGUCCCUCCAGUUUCUACAUCCAUCAACCCUAGAGUAGCAACAGGUGCAAGGGCUACAAUUUCAGAAGAUGAAGUUGUCGAGCAGAUGAAAACUUUGUCUGUGCACGCUGGUGGUAAAGGGCAACCGAAGAAGGAAAGGGCUGUGCAACGGAGUUCAUUCCGUGAACUUUUAGCUGCUAUUGAGGAUGGUGUUGCUCCUCAAGUCUCUGUUAAGCUGCCAGCAGGGAAUGCCUUAAAGUUCAACUCCUGGACUGAGAUUAUACAGUUAAAUGUUAUACGGCGUUUCUUGGGUGAGGGAUUUCAGACGCACAUGCAAGGAAAUCCUCUGCUGCAUGAAAUCUUUGACUUUGUACCUCAGGCUGAAAAGCGCAAGACUCUUUCCACAAAAGAGAAGAGAAUGUUGCAGUCACCUAAUUCUAUUGUCAGUAAGGCUCGCACUGAAGUGAUGAAUCGCCGACGUCAAAAUUCUCGGGUACAGAAAAUGGGGGGGUUUAGCGCCAAUGGCCAUGAUAGCGACUAGAAAUUGUUUAAAAUUUGUCAUUGUUUACGGUGAGACCCUGCAACUGGACUUGUUGCAUUGGGUUUGGGCUUCUAUCAUCAGUCAAUUCCUUCUCAUCUGAGAAUUAUCAUGCGAAUUGCUAUUUUAGAACCUAAAAUUAUAUUAUUUAGUUAUUGUCGCAAGCUUUUGUUCUUAAUAUGUUGACUUGUUCAUUCUGGAAAAGAUUCUUUGUAAACAAUCCGGUAAUUGUAAAUGCAUUUGAGUGUAGUA